CCCCCAUCUCUUAUAACAUUAAAUUUCCAGAUCCGUACGCCUCUCUUCUUCCGCCGUUUAUAUAAACCCCCCCUUCAAAAUCCGUCCUUUUCGUCCCCAAUCGACUCAGAAUCGUGACACACUUUGACCCAAUACGACUCGCCUUCUGCCAUGAACUCCGACGCAUCGUCCACCUCCGCUGGCGGCGUCCAGAUCCACGCGUCCCGGAGGUUGCCCGAUUUCCUCCAGAGCGUGAACUUGAAGUACGUCAAGCUGGGCUAUCAUUACCUCAUGACCCAUUUCUUGACCCUCUUGCUCGUGCCUUCAAUGGCCGUCAUCAUCGUCCAAGCUUCGCAGAUGAACCCGGAGGAGAUUAACCAAUUGUGGCUCCACCUCAAGUACAACCUCGUCAGCGUCAUCAUUUGCUCUGCUUUCCUUGUUUUUGGAUCCACCGUCUACAUUAUGACCCGCCCCAAAUCCGUUUACUUGGUCGACUACUCCUGCUACAAGCCCCCGGAGCAUCUGCAAGUGAAGUUUGAUCGGUUCAUGGAGCACUCGACGCUCACCGGCGAUUUCGACCAGUCGUCGCUCGAGUUCCAGAGGAAGAUCCUCGAAAGAUCAGGGCUUGGGGAGGAGACUUACGUGCCCGAGGCAAUGCACUACCUUCCGCCAAGACCUUCUAUGGCAGCCGCAAGGGAAGAAGCAGAGCAGGUGAUGUUUGGUGCUCUGGAUAAUCUGUUUGCUAAUACAAAUGUUAAGCCCAAGGACAUUGGUAUUCUCGUUGUGAACUGUAGCUUGUUUAAUCCCACACCUUCGCUGUCUGCUAUGAUUGUCAACAAGUACAAGCUGAGGGGUAAUAUCAAGAGCUUCAAUUUGGGGGGGAUGGGGUGUAGUGCCGGGGUGAUUGCUGUUGAUCUUGCUAAGGACAUGUUACAAGUUCAUAGGAACACUUAUGCUGUGGUUGUGAGCACUGAGAAUAUUACCCAAAAUUGGUAUUUUGGGAACAAGAAGUCAAUGUUGAUUCCGAAUUGCUUGUUUAGAGUCGGGGGAGCUGCGGUUUUGUUGUCCAACAAGUCAUCUGAUAGGAGGAGGGCUAAGUACAAGCUUGUCCAUGUGGUUCGGACACAUCGUGGGGCCGAUGAUAAGGCGUUUAAGUGUGUUUAUCAGGAGCAGGAUGAUGUGGGCAAAACUGGAGUUUCGCUAUCAAAGGAACUGAUGGCGAUUGCCGGCGGGGCACUUAAGACUAACAUCACUACACUGGGUCCUCUUGUUUUGCCGAUCAGCGAGCAACUCCUGUUUUUCGCUACAUUGGUAGCUAAGAAGUUCUUUAAUGCUAAAGUCAAGCCUUACAUUCCGGAUUUUAAGCUCGCUUUUGAUCAUUUCUGUAUCCAUGCUGGUGGGAGGGCUGUGAUUGAUGAGCUGGAGAAGAAUCUGCAGCUCCUUCCAAUUCACGUCGAAGCUUCUAGAAUGACCUUACACCGGUUCGGUAACACGUCAUCAAGCUCGAUCUGGUACGAGCUGGCUUACACGGAGGCCAAGGGGAGGAUGCGAAGGGGAAACCGUGUUUGGCAAAUUGCUUUUGGAAGUGGUUUCAAAUGUAAUAGUGCAGUGUGGCAGGCACUCCAGAACGUGACUCCUUCACCCAAUAGUCCCUGGGAAGAUUGCAUUCACAAGUAUCCGGUGCAGUUAAUGCUAUGACUGCUAAAGACAUCAGUUAGUGGUUUCCUAAUUUAUGCGAGGAUACCGUUUAAGGGUUAGCUAGAAAAAGCAUCUAGAUCACUGUCUUUACUGCGUCGAGAGUCUAAUUUAUCCGGUUUGUGUACGUGUUGUUUAGUCUCAAAAGUCACUAGCCGGCUUUUUGUUUCUUUUGCUCUGGGUUUCUGAACAGUUUGGAAUCUUGAAUGCUUUCCCCUGUAGUAUGAUGUUGUGAUAUUGAGGAACUUGUUAUUGUACUUAUAUCGAUGUAUCUAGUGUCUUUUGGAAA